AUGACGCUUGCGCUGUUUGAAAAAUUUACUUUGGAAUUACUUCUGUCACUGCUGACAUGUAAGUAACAAACAUGUUUUCAUUAUAAAAAAAGGACAAUUAAAUACCUGUCAUUAAAUUUGAUAAAGGAAACAAUGAUAUUUUAAAACAACUGACAAUUGUUGUUAUUUAAACGACAGCAAUGGAGAAAAAAUCGAGUGUUGAAUUAUUGAAUGUGGAUCAAAAUAAUUCGAAAAAUGCAAGUUCAGAUUCUCUCAAUACAGACAGCAAAAGUAGUUCUCUUAAUUCAAAAAUGGGCCAAGAAUCGGAGUGUUGGGAAAAGGCAUCUCACUCUAAAAGCUUUUCCACAAGCUCAACUUCAACCGAUAAUAAUAUUGUUUCAGCUUUAGAAACAAAAAAAGAGAGUCAAGAAGUAGUUGAGCUGAAUUUGACGACCGGAGAGGCAGGACCACCGCUAUUAAAUGGCGAAAGAAUGCGAGGUGGUGCUCGUGAAGUGACGUACAUCUGUCCUUAUUCAGGACCAGCGCGAGGUUGUCUCAGUGUCACGAAUUACAGACUUUAUUUUCGCAGUACAGAUCGUGAACCGCCUUAUAUUAUUGAAAUGCCAUUGGGUGUUGUGAGUCGAAUUGAAAAAGUCGGCGGUGCAUCGAGUCGUGGCGAGAAUUCCUAUGGAAUUGAAAUUUUUUGCAAGGACAUGCGUAAUUUGAGGUUCGCCCAUAAACAAGAGAAUCAUUCGCGGCGUAAUGUUUUUGAGAAACUUCAACAAUAUUCGUUUCCUGUUUCAAAGAAAAUGCCACUCUUUGCUUUUGAAUAUUCGGAAACAUUUCCUGAAAAUGGAUGGAGCGUUUAUGAACCAAUUGCUGAAUUGAAACGAAUGGGAGUGAAUAACGACAUGUGGAAAAUAUCGAAAAUCAAUGACAAUUUUACGCUUUGUGAUAGUUAUCCGGCAGUGUUGGCGGUGCCGGUAGCAGCGACUGAUGAAGAUUUACAGGCGUCGGCGGCUUUCCGAAGUCGCGGUCGUUUACCGGUUCUCGCGUGGAUUCAUCCCGAGAGUCAAGCGACAUUGACGCGUUGUGCACAGCCACUGGUUGGAGUUGGUGGUAAACGAAGUCGCGAAGAUGAACGAUACAUUCAAUUGAUAAUGGACGCGAAUGCUCAGAGUCAUAAGUUAUUUAUUAUGGACGCGAGGCCAAUGCCGAAUGCAAUUGCGAAUAAGGCGAGAGGCGGCGGUUAUGAGAGUGAGGACGCUUAUCAAAAUGCCGAGCUUGUCUUUUUGGAUAUUCAUAAUAUUCACGUAAUGAGAGAGAGUCUACGAAAAUUGAAAGAAUUAUGUUUCCCAAAUAUUGACGAGGCUAGAUGGUUAUCUGGAAUUGAAUCAACUGUUUGGUUGAAGCACAUAAAGUACAUUCUUGCUGGAGCUGUUCGUAUAGUCGAGAAAGUUGAGAAUCACAAAACUUCAGUGAUGGUUCAUUGUUCUGACGGUUGGGACAGAUCUCUUCAGUUGACGGCUUUGGCAAUGUUGAUGCUCGAUCCAUAUUAUCGAACAAUUAAAGGCUUCGAAGUACUGAUUGAAAAAGAAUGGCUCAGUUUUGGUCAUAAAUUUCAACACAGAAUUGGACACGGUGAUGAGCAUCACAGUGACGCAGAUCGAUCGCCAGUGUUUUUGCAAUUUAUCGAUUGUGUCUGGCAAAUAACACAAGAAUUUCCGAAUGCAUUUCAAUUCAACGAACAUUUUCUUAUAACAAUUCUCGAUCAUCUAUAUUCUUGUCGAUUUGGCACGUUUUUAUUUAACAGUGAAAGGGAGCGAGUUCACGAAAAAGUGAAGGAAAAAACCGUGUCUUUAUGGUCUUAUAUUAAUAGUCAAAUAUCACAGUAUCAAAAUCCACUUUAUUGGGCUGGACCUCAUUGUCAAUUGAUAUUAAUGCCAGUUGCCAGUAUGCGUUACAUUAAACUUUGGAAGAGUCUCUAUUGCAGGUGGAAUCCCAGCAUGCGACAGCAGGAUCCUGUUUAUCAACGAACGAGGGAACUUUUAGUUUUCAAGGAACAGUUGCAAAAACAGGAGGAGGAAUGUCGACGUGAACAGGCACUGAGAGUAAAUAGAUCGCUAACUUCUCCUGCACAGCCAAGAAUACAUUCCCCAGUGCACUCAUAACACAAGGAGUUGCGCUCGUUACAAACUGACUUAUAGUUUAAUGCAAAUGAGAUGAUGGAAAAUUUCAAUUUAUCAUGUUACAAUGAACAUUUUCACGACUGAGUCCAAGCCUCAUUGUGUACAAAAAAAGUGCUUAUUAUAUAAGGUCAAUUUUUAAUUCUCCUUAACAUUAUUAUAAUAUUACAUGACUUUAAUGUCAUUAUUUGAUUCCGCUAUUUUUUUCUCGAACGCGGAAACUAAUAUUAAAAUUUGUUGAUACCUAAGAUAAAAAAAAAUAAUAUACGCAAUUUUUCUUAU